CGUCACCGAGAGGGGCGGGUUGCAACGAGGACCAGCUCCAACGGUUUGUAUGUUGUUUUCCAUGAGUUGUCGGGUGUCUCUGUCACUCAUACGGCUAGCCCUACCCCGCAAUCCGACUCCACUAUCGAAGCCCGUGUCUCCGACUCUCCGAACAAACAUACUCCAAGUCCGCAGUUUUAAUUCUGUUCACAGCGCAUCGACAUUAUUCAGCAUGCCCGAGCGGAGGCCCUUCGUGCGGUUGCCCACCGAAGUCUACCCAGUCAACUACGGGCUGCGCCUCAAGCCCGACCUCAUCGACUUCACCUUUGAGGGCAAACUGGAGGCAGCCGUAGAGGUUACACAAGCGACAAAUCAAAUUGUGAUGAACUGUGCCGAUAUUGACAUAAUUACUGCUUCAUUUGUGCUUGAAGGGGGAGAAGAAAUUAAUGCCACAGGAUUUAACUAUCAAAACGAGGAUGAGAAAGUGACCCUAUGUUUUCCCAGCGCUCUGCAGAAAGGAUCGGGGUCUUUGAAAAUAGACUUUGUCGGAGAGUUGAACGACAAAAUGAAAGGCUUUUACAGGAGUAAAUAUACGAUUCCUUCUGGAGAGAUUCGCUAUGCAGCUGUUACACAGUUUGAGGCUACGGAUGCACGUAGAGCUUUCCCUUGUUGGGAUGAACCAGCUAUCAAAGCCACUUUUGACAUCACCCUCAUCGUCCUUAAGGACAGAGUAGCUUUGUCAAAUAUGAAUGUUAUUGAUCGAAAGCCAUAUCCAGAGGACCCAGAUCUGGUGGAGGUGAAAUUUGCAACUACUCCCAUCAUGUCCACCUACCUGGUGGCAUUUGUCAUCGGCGAGUAUGACUUUGUGGAAAGCCAGUCGUCGGACGGCGUGACGGUCCGUGUCUAUACGCCUGUUGGAAAGGCAGAGCAGGGAAAAUUUGCACUGGAGGUUGCAACAAAGACCCUUCCGUUCUACAAAGAUUAUUUCAAUGUUCCUUAUCCGUUGCCUAAAAUUGAUCUAAUCGCUAUUGCUGAUUUUGCUGCCGGUGCCAUGGAAAACUGGGGGCUUGUAACUUACAGGGAGACAGCUCUUCUGAUUGACCCAAAGAACUCAUGCGCAUCGUCCCGCCAGUGGGUCGCCCUGGUAGUCGGCCAUGAGCUGGCACAUCAGUGGUUUGGGAAUCUGGUUACCAUGGAAUGGUGGACUCAUUUGUGGCUCAAUGAAGGCUUUGCGUCUUGGAUUGAGUACCUCUGUGUGGACCAUUGUUUCCCUGAGUACGACAUCUGGACCCAGUUUGUAUCUGCAGACUAUACCAGGGCUCUGGACCUGGAUGCGUUAGAUAACAGCCACCCCAUUGAGGUUGACGUCGGACAUCCUUCAGAAGUGGACGAGAUAUUUGAUGCCAUAUCGUACAGCAAAGGCGCCUCUGUCAUUCGCAUGCUGCAUGACUACAUCGGUGAUGAGGACGUGCAAAAAGGAAUGAAUGCUUACCUUUUGAAGUUUCAGCACAAAAAUGCAUUUACCGAGGACCUGUGGGAAUGUCUGGAGCAAGCAAGUGGAAAGCCUAUUGCAGCAGUGAUGAAUUCCUGGACCAAACAAAUGGGCUUCCCUAUUAUAGUUGUGGAUCAAGAGCAGCACGGUAGUGACCGUGUUCUUAAAAUCUCCCAGAAGAAGUUCUGUGCUAGUGGACCACACACUGGUGAUGACUGCCCCAGUUGGAUGGUUCCCAUCAGCAUCUGUACCAGUGAGGACCCAAGCUGCUCCAAGAUAAAAGUUCUGUUGGACCAGCCUGAAACCACAGUCACCAUCCCUGAUGUUUCACCUGAUCAUUGGAUUAAGAUCAAUCCAGGAACAGUAGGAUUUUACAGGAUCCAGUACAGCUCACCCAUGCUGGACAGUGUGCUGCCUGGCAUUCGAGACCUCACGCUGCUGCCUGUGGACCGUCUGGGUCUUCAAAACGACCUCUUCUCUCUGGCUCGUGCAGGUAUGAUCAGUACUGUGGAGGUGUUGAAAGUGAUGGAAGCAUUUGUGAAUGAGCCAAACUACACGGUGUGGAGUGACCUGAGCUGUAAUCUGGGUGUUCUGUCCUCUCUGCUCUCACACACUGACUUCCAUGAGGACAUCCAGGAGUUCAUCCGAGACCUCUUCACCCCUAUCGGCCUGAAGCUGGGCUGGGAUAGCAAGCCUGGAGAAGGGCACUUGGACGCCCUGUUACGAGGUCUGGUGCUGGGGAAGCUGGGUAAAGCAGGGCAUAAGGGCACUCUGGAGGAGGCCCGGAGGAGAUUUAAAGAGCAUGUGGAGGGUAAACAGAUCCUUUCUGCAGACCUCAGAAGUCCAGUGUAUUUAACAGUUCUGAAGCACGGAGACAGCACAACACUUGACACUAUGCUAAAGCUUCAUAAGCAAGCAGAUAUGCAGGAGGAGAAAAACCGCAUUGAGAGAGUGCUGGGAGCCAUCCCUGCCCCUGACCUCAUCCAGAGAGUGCUUAACUUCGCCCUGUCGGAAGAGGUUCGGCCCCAGGACACCGUGUCCGUUAUCGGUGGAGUUGCUGGAAGCAGCAAACAGGGUCGCAAAGCUGCAUGGAAAUUUGUUAGGGACAACUGGGAAGAACUUCAUAACCGCUACCAGGGCGGCUUCCUCAUAUCAAGACUCAUAAAGUUGACGGUGGAUGGAUUUGCGAUAGAUAAAAUGGCUGCUGAGGUUAAAAGCUUCUUUGAAAGUCAUCAUGCGCCGGCAGCCGAGCGUACGGUACAGCAGUGCUGCGAGAACAUUCUCCUGAACGCUGCCUGGCUCAAGAGAGAUGCAGACGACAUCCACCAAUACAUGCUGCAGCGGAAAGCACCUCCCGUCUGACCUCUGAACUCUGACUUUCCCUGACCUGCUCACUCACUCCAAAAUGAGCAUCAUCUGGCUAUCUUAAGCAAAACGGAAAUGAUUACAAAACUGCAACUCCAUCUUAAGAAUUACCCAAGAGUCAAUAAAGAGUCCAAGAAGCGAGACUGUUAAUCAGUCACGAGUGUGGAAUGGUUCCUCAUUCUGCCAGCGGGAGGUGCAAGUGCGCUCGAACAGAGCUGUGACUGAAACGUGAUUCUCUGUGUGUUGUUUUAUGAGCUGGUAAUGCAUGUACAUCAUUUCCUCAAUAUGACACCACUCUCUUACAUUGGUAUUAUGACACAAUCCUCUAUUUCCUGUUCACCAAUAGAAAAAGCAUGAUGUUGAUAUACACAGUUUUAAGUUUGUUUAUUAUUCUGUACAAAAAUGACCUCCUGUUUUAUUAGUCAUGACUAUACAUACAUUUUACCCAGAAUCCUCGGCUGUGACUGGGCAGAAUGGGGUUUAAAGGUUGGGAUGCACUGAUGACUGAAUGGACUCUAUGGUAACGGCUCCGAAUCCCAUCGUUAGUAACGGUUAGGAUAGAAGACGCAUAAGCAUGGUACUGUGUGUAUAUUGUAUACUGCAAGCAUUAGUUCUGAGACCUUCAGUAAUCUGAAAUGUGAUUUUAUAUAUAUAUAUAUAUAUAUAUAUAUAUAUAUAUACAUGCGUUUGAUCUUCGAUCUUUACCCUCAUCUCCUGUACGUCUAUACCAACUGUUCUACAGCACCCCUACAAUGGCUCAUCCCUUCAGAACUGGCAGAGAAAAUCAAUAGGGGGAAGAUAAAUUACACAAAAAUGCAUACAUGUCAUUAGCAUCUAUCAUGAUAAUACAAUGCUGUUAGAGCAACAAUGAUGUAUUUAAUUAUUUUACUUUGGCAACCACACGUGAAGAGAAUGUGGGCCUUCGUUCCGACUUUAGGAACCACAGUAUGAUGAUUCAACCUGUUAGCAAACCCUGAGGCCUUAAUGAAAAGAUUCAAUGGGCUCAUGUUGAAUGGUAGAGAGUUAAUUGUAACAUGACUUAAUGUAAGAUCAUAAUUAUCAAAUUCUGUUUCUGAAACCUUCCCUGAAAUGUGCUUUUUGUUUAAAAAUACAAUUGAUGUUCAUUAAAGAAGAGGAGAAAAGAAGAUAAAAGAUGA